AUGAUGUCGCUGAUACGAUCCUUUGAGUAUUCUGAUGUGGAGUCUUCCGAUGACGACGAUGACGUUGUCGCUGAUAACCAUGACGACGGUGAACACGAAAAUGAGACAACUGAGGUCCAGCAAACUUAUGAAAGAUAUGGCAUUGGUGCUAAAUUGUUGAUAAAAAUGGGGUACGAACAGGGCAAAGCCCUCGGUUCCGGUGACAAGGGAUUGGUCAAUCCACUCGAUGUGAAGCUUCGACCGAAAGGUCUAGGGGUAGGUGGCAUUAAUGAGAAAACAGAACAAGCAGAACAAAUGGCUAAACCUCUGCAUUCGCCAGAUGAAACCACUGAAUCGGAUGGCAAGUUUGUAAGGGACUAUAUCCAGCUCAUUGAUCAGCUAGAAGACCUCGGUGUCUCUGUACCGACUACUUUCAAGCAAGCCGCUGAAAGUCGAGAUAAAACGGUACUUGAAACUCACAACUCACGGCUUAGACGAAUAACCCUGGAAUUGUUAGCGUUGAGCAACGAAGAAGUGGAAUUACAAUCGACAUUAGCUCGACUUCCCCUGGUAUAUGGGUUGAUUGAUGAUGAAAUAAGUUCUACGAUAAAUGAUGAAGCAGUUUUGAUAAACGUUGAAAGAGGAGUUCUUCCACUGCGUAUUUGUCUCUCAGAAGUGCUCUCCGAACUGGUAUUCUUGACCCUCAUCGAUACGAUAAAAGAUGAAGCUAGUCUCGAAGAACUCACGUCAUUCCGUCAAGAGUUCGAUGAAAAAUUUGGAACGAGUGAUCAAUAUGACCAGAUAAUCGACGAAAUUGCCAGGGAACGGUGUAAAGUGGCGCUUGACUCUGGAGAUUUCGACGCUGUCAAGGAUAUCACGGAAUUACAACCUCAAGUUGAACAAGAGGUCGUGAUCCCUCACAUACAGUCCCAAUUGAAUCACUGGAACCUAUUCCGAGAAAGGUUACCCGCCAGUAUCAUAAACAUUUUUGGAGAAUUUCGUUUCGGCUUGAGCGCCUUGAGCAAAUUGAUCGCUCCAGUGGAGACUAAAGUUUGGGAGUUUGUUCACAAUUUGACACACGAGGUGCAAAACGCUAGUAAGGACGACCUCAAACACUAUAGGGUUCAACUUGGUGAUAUAUGUGACACAUGGAGUCGAUUUAUCGCUAAAGCGAGGGGCGACGAUAGCUGGUAUCGUAUUGAAGCUGAAAUGUGGCGGAUGUUCCUUGAAAUUGGCAGACUGGUUGCUGAGAGACCGAUAGACGCAACCACAAAAUGGGCGCUUGAUGUAACGUUUGACAUCAGCGAUGAGACUGUCCGUGAAUUGAUAUUUCUGAUGGGCUUCGGAAACGCCUGGGUACGCCAAUGUCGACGGAAAGCUGGCGAAGCAAAUUGGCUCUCCGACUGGAUGGAGUUCCUCUGGGAUAAUGGCUUUGGUGAUGAAGACGUAAUACGUUGGUAUGUCAACAAGGCGUGCUAUUGUCGAGACCAUCCGAGCGAUCCGAUUGAGCUUCCAAAGUUGAAGUGGAAACAGAAUCCAGAGCCACCAUCAAACUCUAGCGUUGAAACCGUCAUUGAGUAUUUGAGAAGUAUUAACGCUUCUUGCAUUGCAUAA